GUGGUCUUCAGAACUUAGCCUGCUCCUAAAUAAAAGGGUUCUAAUUCUUAGAGUCAUUGUUCUUGGAUGUAGCAUGAGCUGCUGUUCUCUGAAAAUGUCAAGGCAUUCUUUAGGCAAACUGCUGAGAGGAAGGGAACAUCCCCUCCUCUCCUGGAAUUCACUUUGCAAGAUUCUUUCUGCUCUGCAAAAAGCAGAUGUUGAUAAAAAUUCAUCCCAGAUCCCAGGGUGCAUUGAAUCUUUGGAAGUAUGUAAUCUUGUGCUGAAUCUCCCAAGAGAGUGUUUCUUCCCAAGAAAAUGAAGGCUCCUGAUUUUUCAGCCCUCCUUCCCAUUUGUAGAUGACAGCCGCUGGCCUUGGUGCCUGUUUAUCUUCUGAUUUCUGUCUGCUCUGAUGGUUUUUCCAUGGGCUUAGUUUCCCCUCAAGGCAACCCUUCAAAGGAGUGUGGGAGAAUCAGACUCUGUGCAGAGCUGCCUGUUUUGCUGGGGCUGCUGUUGUUGUUCUUGUUGAUGUUAUCAUUAGCUAAAAGACCACAAAUUGCUCAGAGCCCCAGAGAGUGGAGCUGGGUUUCAGAUCUCCUGCAAGCUCAAUCUCUCUGUUUUGAACUUUGCUUCUUGCAUUUUGUUUCUUUCAGGGUGUGUGGUGAGUGUGGAAGAUCCAGAAAAGAAGUACACUGGAUGGGAACAUCUUGGCAGUGGGUGGCUGUAAAGGAACUUUAUCUCCAGCACCAGGGCUGUGAGGGAAUAUUAAAAGAAAUCCUGCUCAUGAGAGAAAAUAAGAACGCCAAUAUUGUCAGCUACUUAGAAAGCUACCUUGUGGAUAAGGCUGUACUGCUGGUGUUGGAAUAUAUGGAUGGAGGCUCCUUAGCUGAUGUGGUCACCGUGAGAAGGAUGGCUGUAGGACACAUAGCAACAGUGUGUCGGGAGUGCCUGCAAGGCCUAGCUUUCCUUCAUGCCAAGCAGGUGAUCCACAGAGACAUCAAAAGUGACAACAUCCUUCUGGGCCGGGAUGGCUCCGUCAAGCUGGCUGAUUUUGGCCUCUAUGCUGUGCUCAGCCCUGAGCACAGGAAACGGAGGUCGAUGGUCGGGACCACUUACUGGAUGGCACCCGAGGUGGUGAGAAGAGAGCCUUACGGCCCCAAAGUGGACACCUGGUCCCUUGGCAUCGUGGGAAUAGAAAUGGCCACAGGAGAGGCUCCUUAUAUGCAGGAGACCAGUGUCAAGGCCAGCUACCUGAUAGGCAAGCAAGGGGUUCCAAAUCUGCACCAGCUCAGGCUACCCCCUGGCUUGUGUGAAUUUCUGGGCUGCUGCCUGCAGAUGGAUGUGGACAGGCGAGGCUCUGCCAAGGAACUUCUGCAGCAUCCAUUUCUGCAAUCAGCGGAGCCUCUCUUAAGCCUCUUCUGACAGCCUGAUUGCUGCCAUCCCUGCAGCAAGGGAAUGCAGGGAGCAAAGGAGAUGACAAGGACCACUUCAGCACUGGAGAACAGAGCCUCUGAGAGCACGUAGGAAUCCAGAGGAGAGAGGGGCCGGGAAAGAGGCAGCCAUCAGAUCAGGAAAGGAAGGUGACAUCUCCUUUUGUCCCACCUGCUGAUCCUCCUUCUGAAUUUCUGGUUUGGACAGCAUUUCUGGAAGGCACAGAGACACUACUGAUGUGCAUUUUCUGGUGGGGGAUGGUGUGAGGCAUGAAGCUUCCACUGAUUAUUUGGUGAACUUGGAUGGAACUUCAUUGGAAGUGUCUUCCUCCCCUCACCAGGAGCUGGAAGGGCAGCAUUUGGAGGCACAGCAGCUGCUGGCAGCAUGGGCAAACUUCCUGGCAGAGGUAGAGAAGGAGCAGGAGAAAAGGCUGCUUGAGAUGAAGCAGGAAGUUGCCACCAUGCAAGCUGACCAAGAAGAGAAAAUCAGCUCCAUCUCAGAACCCCACCAACACCAGUCAAGCGACAUCUCUAGGACCUUCUGAGAGACGCUCUAGCAAGACCUGCUCAGAAACGGCCUCUGGCUUAUGAAUUUACCAGUCCUGUGAUGAGCAAGAACAGGAGAAUUGGUCACCAGCCCAGUCAUGUCCAGGCAGCAGCUGGUGGCCACUUUUCUUCCUUCCUUUUGUCUUCCUCAUCCCUUUGCUCUUUGGACAUGCUUCCAAGUUUUGGCUCCAUUUCCCCCUGCACUCAUGUGGUGCAAAAACGAGAGAAAUUUCAGAGUUCCAUCAUCCCAGUGCCUGCCAGGGUGCAGAGGAGAUCCCCAAUUCAAACAGGAAGAAAAAGGAAUUGGGAAGACUGAAGCAGUUGCAUCCCUUGGAUUUCGAUGAAGGAAAAAGAACAGAUACUUCCAUUGCCUCCACAUGCUCUGCAACAAGCAACCAAGCAGACUACUUGAGAAAAUACGGAGCCAUUGUCUCCUUGGAGCAACGCCAGCACUACAAGGAUGCCUUCAAUGCAGAUUAUGAGGAAUAUUGGAAUUUAUAUUUUAAGACUGACAAGAUCAUCAAGAAAUUCAGACAUUUUCAGGAACAAUGGAAGUCUCUGACUCCAGGCUCCAAAGCCUAUCAGAUGCUGCAUUAUCGAAUCCUAGCAGAUUAUCAGCAGUUACAACAGAGUAGCCCCAGCUAUUAUGAAAUGAAGAGUGGGUGCCAGUACCUCCACAAGAAGCUGGCCCAUAUUCAGAGCUGCAUUUCUGAAUUUGAGCAGCAGUGAGUGGAGUACUGGCACCAGACAUCGGCUUCAGCAUGGAACAUCUCUGAAAUCUGGAUUUUUCAUUUCAACUAGAAGAUUAGGAUUUUUAGGAUUCUUUAAAUUAGUACAGAACAAUAGGUUAUCUUAGCACUGAGCAGUAGGUGCUUUCUUAUAAAUGUAGGAUUAGUUCAAAGAAGUUUAAUAAGUUUAAGUCAAAGUUGAAAGAUGAUAGUAUUGAAAUUUAACAAUAAAGAAAUCUCACUAUCGGUAAUUCCUUCUUUCCUUGUUGAUUGUAUCAUUUGGAUUGGGUUUCUUCUGGUCACUUGUUUUCUUCAAGUCCUAAGUUUGUCCACUGAAAGAAAUUGAUCAAUAGAGGGUGGAAGCCCACUACCUCUACUAUGAAGUUGAGCUCAUUUUAAGAAAAUAUUGUAGUGGAUGGAAAUUCUUUAUGAUAAGUGUAGGGGUGGUUUUUGACCUUUCUUGUUAAUUCAAACUCUUUGCCAAAGUUGUCAAAGGCUUAGAAGUU